AUGCCGCCGUGUGAAACUUGCACACCCCAAUGCACCGCUUCCUUCCUCGUUCUCAGCGAUCUUCCGCUCGUCCGUGCGACCGGCCGGAGCCCGUCGCCGCCGCCGUGGGAGAAAGUCCUCUGGCGGCGCCAGGCGUACCCAGACAAUUACGUGGAUGAAAGUUUUCUGGACUCGCUCAUUUGCAACGCAAACAUGCGGGCCUAUGUGUACGCUGACCUGUGCCGCGCGACCGCAGCCGUCACCCAGCACGUCAGCUUGAUCGUCGCGUUCACCGUGUUUUACAUCAUGUUUGAGAAAAAACGCGUCUCCGUGGCGUGGCUCUUCGCCGUGGACUUUGCUCUUCUUUUCCUCGGGUUCACGCUCCGCUUCUUCGCCGACGACGAUCUCCACAAACUGUGCCGUGGCCUCUGGAGCGCCGUCGUCGGCCUGGGUUGUCUGCGGAUCCUGGCGCCGAUCCUCCGCACGCUCACGCAAGCCUUCAGCGAGGACACGGUUGUCUGUCUCUCCGUGGUGUGUCUUCUCGUUCACGCCGCGCUUACAGACUACUCCUACAUCUAUCGAAAUCCGGGGAAAGUCGACGAGUCUCUGCGCCGCGCCAUGAGCAUCAACGCUGCACUGCUCGCCAACGUCGUCCUCGCCUCGCGCCUCUCUUCGUCCACCGAAGUCUUCGCAGUCCUCAUAUUUGGCAUUGAGAUCUUCGCGCUCAGCCCCGUGUUGCGGCGCAUUUUGUGGCAGAGACACCCUUGGGCGUUCGUCCAUGUUCUCACCCCAGCACUGAUUCUCUCGACAGCUCUCAUCAUGGUUCAGGAGGCCCCCGCGAGCGUCAUUCUGCUUUUUCUUCUCUCGAUGGUUUUCAUCACGUUCGUCGGCCCGUAUUGGUUAAUCAGCUCGCAGAAAUACAAACACGAAAUUCGAGGUCCGUGGGACGUAGCGGAGGUGCCCAACUACGCGUGA